AUGUCUCCUUCUGAUAUUAUCGUCAAUUUUCUAUUAUUCUUACUAUUUAUUUGUGCAUUGAAUAUUUACUUUGAACCGAAGUCUAUUUAUGAUCAAUCUUCAACGAAACAGUUUCCAUUAACAUGCACUUGUCGAAAUCAUUUAAAUCAAACCGUUGAUUGGUUUAUUAUUUAUAAACUCCCUCGUUUAGGGUCAUCUGAAAAUAUUUUCAUUAAAAAUGGUAUUGGUUAUAUGUACUUGGACUCAUCAUCACCGUUAAAUCAAUGGCAUCUUUCAACAGAGAGUAUAACAUCAAAUUUAUCCAUCGUUGGUCUUACACUUCAAACACUUUAUGAUAAUUUUUCAUCAUCCGCUUAUAUUUACUAUAAUGAUCAACCACCAAAUCGACCGUUUACAGUUAGUUAUGGACAUUCAAAAGGCGUUUUGGCAUUUGAUGAUCAAACAGGAUUUUGGCUUAUUCAUACUGUACCACAUUUUCCACAAAUAUACAAUGACGGUUAUAUCUAUCCCGAUACAGGUCGUAUGUAUGGUCAGACAAUGUUUUGUAUCACUUUAAAUACGACUACACCUCGUAACACUAUCGAAGAAAUAAGUGAACAAUUUUUUUACACUCAUCCAUUAGUGUACGACUAUCGUUUACCAACUCAAUUUGCUACAAAAUAUCAUAAUUUAACAUUAGUUACGUUAAAUAAAUCUCAUGUCACACAGGAACCGUAUUAUAGAAUUAAAUCAUUAGAAACCAUUAAUCCUCAAUUAGAAAUAUUAUCUUUUGCUAAAUAUGGACUAAUGAAAAUUGAUAUUAUCAGUGAAUUAAUUGCACCAAAACUACAAACAAAUUUGUAUAGUGAAACAUGGUCAAAUGGAAAUCCAAAUAUACCAUCAAACUGUACGGACAUAUAUCAUACAGAAAAUAUUCAAAAAUUAUCAUUUUUUAAUAAAUACAAUUUUACUGUUCAUUCUGAUCAUUCAAAGUGGGUUAUUGGUCAAGAUGUUAAGUUGAAACCAUGGCUAUGUAUAGGUGAUAUGAAUCGACAAUAUGAACAAAAAUUAAGACAUGGUGGAUUUGCAUGUUUCUAUAAUAGUGACAUUCAACAAAGAUUUUUAGAAUUGAUACAAGGAGCAGAAAAAUGUCCAAUUUGA